CACAACGGUCUUGAGCGCAGGUGGCAAGUGCGCGACGCACGCACAAAAAAAAAAAAACGUUUUUAAGUAAAGUUCUUGGAAUAUUUCCCGAGACCACUUCGAGAAAACAAGUGGAGUUUUAUAUUACAAUAACAGAGAAGCCAUACUAUGGGGACAGUAUCUGGCGAUAUUAGAAGACUUCUUGAAGACUGUGAGCUGUUUGUGUUUGAGAUCCUGCAGGAUGAGAACCUCAGCAAGCAUGCCCGGGAGACCCGUGAGAUCCUGCUCAACAACUUCCAUGUGGUUCACUCCAGAUUUCCUGAGGAGUUUCCAUACAGAGCAGACUCCCGACAAGAGGACAGCUCCGACGACAACCAGAGCCCCAGCCUCGGCCGCUCCGUGCCCUCCGAUGACGUCUCCGUGGCCUCCGACUACCAGGACGACGGCUCUACUGAGUUCUUUGAAGAGAUCUCCGUGGUGGCAGCCCAGGACCUCAGUAACAUCUUGAAACAAGGAUACCUCGAGAAGAAACGACGAGACCACAGUUUCUUCGGUUCAGAAUGGCAGAAACGCUGGUGUGUCCUCAACAACACAAUAUUCUACUACUUUGGGAGUGAAAAAGACAAGCAACAGAAGGGAUCGUUUUACAUUCAUGGCUACAGUGCGGAGAUGGUGACCAACUUGCGCAAAGACUCGAAGAAGAGCGCAUGUUUUGAGCUAAAAGCCCCUGGAAGACGCGCAUUUCAGUUCACCGCCAACAGUCAACAAGAAGCCAUUGAGUGGGUAGACCAGAUUAACUUUGUCUUCAAAGACAUGAGCUCCAACCACAUCCCCUUUGAUGAUGACGAAGAGGAGGAAAAUGAGGAGGAUGACGAGGAGACCUACGAUGACAUCGACGCCACGGCUGGCCCCCCGCCGCCGCGCCCCGCCCCAAGCGGCAUCACCCCCCGCAGUAGCCUGGAGGAGCGGCAGGGAAGGGUGGGCCACCUGGAUGAGGAGGAUGAUGACAUCUAUGAGGUGCUCCCAGAGGACGAGUACACCGACUCCAUUGAUGAGGUUUCGGAGAUGGGCUCAAAACCAGCGUGGUCCAUGGAUUAUGCCAAUUACUACCAGGGGCUCUGGGACUGUGAUGCAGAUGAACCAGAUGAGCUCUCCUUCAACCGGGGUGACCUUAUACACGUCAUCAGCAAGGAGUAUAAUAUCCACGGAUGGUGGGUGGGGGAGCGGAACGGCAGCAUCGGAAUCGUCCCAAAAGACUUCCUGCAGCCUGCCUACAUCCUGUGAUUUCUGAGAGGUCUCACUGUGGCUGACGCAGUAGGAGGUGCAGUGAGCUAAACACUUGAAUGCUGAAGACUGAACUGAGAUUGCUUUUAUUGUGUGGAAUAUGCUGUUAUAUGUAAUGCUGUCACAAGUACCCCAGACUGAUUUUUUUGUAGUACGAUGAAGGACUUUACAUUUAUUAUGCGAAACCCAUAAUGGAAACACAGCUAUCCUGAACCACUCCUUAAUCAUACUAAUAAAAUUUGAUUUUAGAUUAAUCUGUUAAAUGCCAGUCGCAGCCAUAUGAAUAUGGAUUUGUAUAAAAUUGUGCCUUUAAAUGCAGAUUAUUUUCAGCUGAGAAUAUGUGUUUGCGGUGAUGUUUAUCUUAAAUGUCCAUGCUUUUUUUUAUUAGUAAAGGCCCUUUGUAAUAA